AUGAUAAUAUUAUUCAGUUUAGAAAUGGAACCACAACAUACUCUAGAUGAUCAAGUAUUGUCUCAUCUAUUCAUGCCGAUGAGAUUACCAGACUCUAUCAACCCCAAAGCAGAGAUGACCAUAUUUCAUUCAUUUAUUCAAGAUAUCAACCAUUGGGAUGAAGAAGGAAUAGUAUCAUUAGCAUUAAAACAAUUUAGUGAUGAUAUUAAACAACCACCAAAUAUCAAUCAACUAUCAAACAGAAUAACACAAUCAUUUAUUGAUGAAAAUAGAAAUAAUAAUAAUAAUAAUAAUAAUAAUGGUAAAUUAAAUAAUGUACCUUUAAUAACCUAUUUCAAGAAAUCAAAUUGUAUUUUAGUUAUUCAUAGACCUCCAACUAUCAAUGAUAAUAAUAAUAGAAAUAAUAAUAAUAAUUUAAUUCAAAUAUAUCCAACACUUGAUACAUUUAAUGCUCAAACAUCAAAAAUUAAAAUGGCAACACCUAUUUGUUCAUUCAACAUUCAAGAUGUCAAUCAACUGUUAGAUCCAGUAUUCCUAGAGUAUCUAGUUGCACUAAGAGAUACUGAUCAACCACCAAUCAUGUCAUAUGUUAAAAAUCAACCUAGUUUGAUCCCAGUUCCAAACACAAUCCUAAAUUGGUUAAUACCAUCGAUCCCCGGUUGUUCUUACAAUGAUUCAACAACCAAAUAUUCAACUCCAAUCAUUUAUAAAUCAAUUAGACCUGAAAUAUUAAAUAUUGGAGACAAUCUUGUUUGGAUUAGAUCACCACUUUGGGUUGGUCUCAAAUCAUUGACCCAUUUUCUUGCCAAAAGAUAUGGAUUAAAGACAAGAGACUAUAAAAUGGCAUUAUUAUCAUUUAAAAUGGAUACAUUGGCCAAGUAUAAAGUCAACGCUCAAACCACUCUCGAAUACAUUGCACAUUUGGCAAGAAGUUGUGACAAAUUUAAAUCCAAAUAUCAAAAGAAACAUCCAACAACUGUAUUUGAUUUUAUCAAAUCAAUCAAAGAACAAUGUGAGACACUCUCAACCGAGGUUCAUCAACAAUGGGAUGCAUUCUGUCAAGUCAUUGAGGAUAAAGGCCAAAUCAGUACACCAAUCAACAAUAUUUGCAAAGGAUUGAAAGAAUAUGGAAAGGAUCAAUCAAACUUGGUUCAUAAAAGUCUUCAACAAAAUAUUCAAUCAUUUCCCAAAAAUCUCAAAGCAGAUGAAAUGAAUCUAGAUGUCAAAGGUGUAAAUACAUUGACAGAUUCAGCAUCCAAUACUUUAAUCAACUAUUUGAAAAGGCCUUUUAAUCAACUCUAUCAACUCGCCAAACGAGAUGCCCAAGAAUCAUUUCCCGUCAUUUUGCAAACAAUAGUUGGACGUAUCAGUGCGGUGCCACUAGAAACUGAUAAUGUAUCGUUGGUCAUCAUAUUAAAUAUCAUUGAAUUUCAUAUUUUCAACAUUUGGAGCACCCAAAUAUUCACACAUGCACUGUCACACGACCAACAAAAAUGUCAAGAUGUAUUCUCAUUGCUUUACAAUCUAAUGAACAAGUAUAUCAAGUUGUCAAAACCAAGAUAUGAAAAGGAUGCUAUUCUUUGCAGUCGUUAUAUCUUGACAUCAUACACUUUGGUUGCUAUUUUAGAUAGAUUGACUUUGGAUUAUUGUCUUUUACUUGACAAUAAAGAAAGUAGAAACUCUACACCCAGAUCCAAUUUAUACUCUUCAGUCCCACCAUAUGUCAAUAUAUCAAUAUUCUCUAGUCUAUUACUUCAACAUAGUUGGGAGUUUUCAAUUGUUAAAUCAUUGGAAACCUAUUUCAAAGAUAAACGUCAAUGUAGUAAAGCAUCAAUUGAUAAUUCAAUUUUUAGUAUUGAUGACAAUGGCUUUGGAGAACAAUGGGCUGAACAAUUCCUUCAAGACAAAUUAAAAAAAGAAUUAAAAGAUAUCGAGAAAAAGAAAGAGGAAAAAAUCAAAGAGUACCAAGACUACAAACAUUCAAUGCUCGAUAAAAUCAAAAGUUACCAAUCCGAGUUGCUUUUGUACAAGGAUGACCUUGUAAACCAAAGAAGGAUCAACAAUGCCAUUGAUGCGUGCUACAAGUCAACGCUGCCAAUUUAUUUCGAAUCAAUACCUGCAGAGGACAAACACAUUCAAUUCAAACACAUCUUUGAAGUCAACAUCCCAUUCUACCUUUCUUAUCCUGAAUCAUCAUUCAUUCAUUGCUAUCAAACAUCGAUCACUUGUUACGGAUACAAGGAAAGAGGACGUGAGAUGAUGGAUAUUACCAGAAACAAGUUUCAACCCAAUCUUUGCCUUUCCAUUCCAGAAAAGGUUAAAUUUAGUCAACUUAAUUGGAUGAUUCAAUCGACCCAAGGGAUCGAGGAAAAUGAAGUACUUUCAACUCAAAACAUGACACCAAAGGGAAUGCUUCCCGAUCAAUAUAUUAGAUAUGGAAUGUUAAGGGUUGGUCCAAGUUUAUCGAUUAGAAAUAUGAUUAGAUUCAUGGAGGAGAGAAACAAUCUCAAUGGAAUUCAUGUAUUGGUGAUGUUUUAUCAAUUGUCAAUGCAAGGUGGCGCGACAAAUAGAAUUGGUUGGAAUGAUGAUAAUGUUCUUCAAACAUUAUGUCAUACGGCGGACACGAUCGUUAGUGAAGGAGCAACCAAUUGGGAAGGUGGUAUUUCAAUGAUUGUAACGGUUCAUUUUUUAACAAUUGCAUUCAACACCAGAGAUAACAAACCACCAAAUCAAAAAGAACAAUUGGAUGAAACCAGCAAAAUGAUUAUUAAAGUGUUGGAGAAAUGUAGAUUGGUACUUUGGAAUUGGAUCACCAAGUUGGAAGAACUCAUUCAACACGAAUUAUUAAAUGGAAGUGAUACUGAAACAGCAAUCCUUAGAAAGAGAAUGGUUUAUACAGCUAUUGCAAUCAUUAUGACAUUCAACAUUGACAAUAAUAACAAACAAUAUAUUAUUCAACAAACCAACUAUUUCCAACACAUUGAAUAUUAUUUCAAAUCAUUGAUUAUUUUGGAUGAGAAUACAACAUCUUUAAAUGAUAAAACAAGAACAUUGGGAUCAUCAUGUCCAGAACAACCAUUUUUGGAUAUAAUAUUUAAUCAACUAUCAUUGAUUAUUUAUCGUCAAAUACCAUUCAUUGUCGAUCAUUUCAAAGAUGGAAAACAUUUCAAAUGUUUAAAUAAUAUUAUUAGAAAUGACCAAGAAGAAAAUGAUUUCAAAUGGGAAAAAGGAUCAUCAAAUCUUUAUUAUCAAUUCCAGAUUGCCAAUCAAACAAUUCAAUUUAAUAUAUUUGAUGGAACAUUAUUAUUCAAUGGAACAUUUGAUAAAAGAUUACCAAAGGAAAUUAUAGACAAUGCACUUUAUAAAUCCUAUUUUGGAUGUUCAAUAUUUCAAGUCAAACCAACUGGAAAUUCUAUUUGGACAACAAAUGAAUUGGGCGGAGGAUAUAAUAUUGAAUUUUCUUUUGUUUCAUCUGUCUUUGGUGUCAUCCAAAAUAGAAACAACGGUGAGAGAUGGCUUUUACUUGACCCUCAUCUGUUUUCCAAUUUGCCUAUGACUUUGUAUCGAUCCUAUUCACAUUGGAUAAAUCUGGCAACCAAUGAAAUAGAGUUUAGACCACCAACAUUUCAACAAUACAAAGAUGGAGGAGGAUCAGACACUGUCAAGUUUAUUGGAACUCCAAAUGGUCAAAUCAAAUGUAAAUCAACUGGCAAAUCUCUUUUAUGUUUUGAUAAAAAAAAUAAUCAAAAGCUAAGAAGUCAAAUAUUCAAAUUAUUCCGAUUAGAAUCAAGUACUCGCAUCCAUAUUUUUCAAAAUGAAGCAUCAAAACUUUAUAAAAUCCAUUUGAAUCAAUAUGGAUUGGAUUUUAUAGUUGAUUGUCAGAAUCAACAAAUCAAUUCAGUUCAAUAUUCUGGUUACCGACUGUGUGAACAACAAUAUAUUGGAACUUUGGUUGGUUUGAAAACAAUAUUGGUUUUGGAACAAAAUAAUGCAAGUGGAACAAAGAAGUUAAUUCUUCCACAUUCAACAAUUACAUUGAAGGUGAAUAAGGAUUGUAUUGGAUUCAAUAAUGCUAAAUCAAGUAUAACCUCUCUCAACCAUCCAUCAUAUUUUAUUUAUGAUAUUGAUCAAGAACUCAAAAUGAUCAAAUCAUCAGAUUUGACAGCACAUCUCCAUCUUUGUUACUCUCAUAUUGUAACAUCAUCAUUGUUUAGAGAUCCAUUAACUGGAUUGCGAGGAAUGGAACUUGCUAUUAUUCUUUUAAAGAAAUUUAAUAAUAAUAUGCCACUCAACCGAUCACAACUUGAUAUACUAUCGAAUAUAUCAAACAUUUCACCAAAAAGAGUAUAUGAUAAUCAACAACAACAAAAAAUAUCAAUAUCAUACCCACUUUUAUCACCAAUGAUAUCUCAUUGUGACGGAUUUGCUAUUUUGGUUGAUGGAAUCAAGAAAUCACAUCAAGAAAUGUCAUUUUUAUAUGAUAGUACCCAAGAAAAGGACAAGUCGGCAAGUCAGACUGCCUUGGCCCUCAACCAUAUCGCUUGGAGCAGACCCCAAGGACUUUAUUCCCCACUUUGUCAUAUAGGUGCUUCGGAGCCAUAUUCUUCUGUUGUUGUCAUUAAUCCAUCCCCAUUUGAUCAACCCACCAAAAAUGUUCAAAGAAUGGCAUCAAUCAUCCAAUCAAAGAAUAUUGCGCAUUUGGACAAUUCAUUUAGCCCUCACUCAAAGAUUGGUUCAUCAACUAUUCAUGGAUUAGUCUUUACCGAGAACCAUUGUGUUCCAGAGUUACAAGAAACAAACCAUCUCAUCUCUAUCAAAUUAAUGGACAGAAAUCACAAGUUCGAUCGGGUAUUCUCAGACUGGUAUCUAAAGUUGCUAAAAAUAGCAAUGGAAACUGCAAAUGGUCAUUUUAACAUUUCAAGAUUUAAAUUCAUCAUCACAUUGUUUUCUCACCAAUGGUCGGGUCGCUCUUUCACGCCAUUUAUCGAUCAUUUUGUACUGAUUGCAAUUAGCAAACCAUUAUCAAAUAUUCCUCGUUUUCCACAAGAAUCCAGUUUUGUCACUCCCCAAACAACCUUUAACCAAGGAUUACUCGAGAGAACAAGAACCAAGGCAAUGCAGUCCAUUAGAAUGUCAAAAGAAGAUAGAAAAAAAGAAAAGGAAUCUGUUUUGAAAAAUAUCCUCGAACAAAACAUUUGGGAUAAAAAUGGAUCGACGAUCAUUGCUCCAAACCGACCAUUUCGACAUUUAAAUCACACAUCGUUGAAUCUCAGAUCGUUAAACGAAAAAAUGGAGCAAAUUAUCCAUCAAUGGCUCAGUAACUCAUUAUUGAAUGCAUUUUUAAAAGCUGUCGGCAAUGAAACAAAGGGCAUCGUUUAUAAGAGAGAAAUAGAAAGAGAGCCGUCCUAUUUCAAUAGUUUCCCAAAGUUCAAGGAAAAACAUCCAAAAGAAAUUCGUGGGGCCCAAGAAAACAAAAUAAUAGAUAGUAUUCCAAUGGAAUACCUAGAUAUCUGGGAGUCAGGCUUUGACCAACAGUUGGAAUCAAUCCUAUCAACUCUCACAAUCGAAAAUAACAAACGUCGAAAUAUAUCAUUUGAAAAGAUUGAUCAUUUUGUAGGUGGAUUAUCGCAUGAAACACAUUUGGAAGAGGAAUUAUUUAAAAAUUUAAAUUCAAGUAAGGAUUCACUCAAGAAACAUUUAAUCCAAUCAAAAUUUGAAAUGAACCACUCUCAGUCACUCGGAGAUGUAUUGGAAGAACUGUCUCUCAUUAUUGAACAAAAAUUGGAGGCAGUAUGGCAAAUAAUCCAAGAAUAUUACAAUAAUCCAAAAAGAAAUGAAAAUGUAGAAUCUGAAUUGGAUUGUAUAUUUAAAAGUUGUCAUUCUUGGAUUGGUUGUGUUCCAUUGACUGUUUAUGAAGAUUUCUCAAAUCAUUUGGUUGAUUUACCAGAUCAAAUUUAUCAACUCAUUGGCGUCCAUAUUCUUUUGCAAACAUAUAAACAAAAGAUUCAGAAAUGUAAAUACCUUAAAGGUGUUGAUUUGGUUAAAGAAUUAUCACAUUGUAGAAAAACAAGACAAUGGUUACCAAAAGAUUAUCCAACAUGGUUGGUAUUUGAAUUGGAACAAUCAAUUUGGAUCAGAGAUACUCAGGCAAAGAUUGCAAUCAAGUUGAUCGAUGCUCAAAGUAAUGAAUGUGUUCAACUACAGAUGGGUGAAGGAAAGACAUCUGUUAUUCUACCAAUCAUGUGUUUGGCAAUACCCAAUGGAAUUAGAAUUGCUCGAGUCAAUGCAAUUCCAUCACUACUUCAAACUUAUAUUCAAGAUUUACAAAUGAGACUUGGAUCAUCAAUUCUCAAUCGACCAAUUCAUCUCUAUCCAUUCAAAAGAGAUAUUGGACCAUCAAUAUCAGAAUCAAAUGUUCAAUCUAUUCUCGGCAACAUUGAAAAGUGUAAACAAAUGAAUGGAAUCAUACUUUGUACACCAGAACAUAGACUAUCAUUUAAUUUGUUUUGGAGAUUGGCAAAUGAUAAAUUAUUUGAUAGUAUGGGUAAUGUUAUCAAAUGGUGGGAUACCAAUAUAUUUGAUAUUAUGGAUGAAUGUGAUGAUUUACUUUCCCAUAGAUACCAAUUACUCUAUCCAAUCGGAUCAAAGAUUCCACUCGAUGGUGGAUCUGAUCGUUGGAAAGUAAUUGAAGAGGUUCUAUCUGAACUGAAAUCGAUUCUUGAAAAAGAAUAUGGCAUUUACGAAAAAUAUCCAUUUAUAAGGUUCACAAAGAAAAAUGAAAAUAAUCAAGAUGCAAUGAAAGAAGUGUUGGGUCAACUUUGUGACAAUUUAAUCAACAAACUACCAACCAAUCUAAAAGCAGAGGACCUUGAAUUGGUUAAACAAUUUGUUGGAUCAGAUGAAGAUACACCAAUAAGAAAUCAUCGAAAUGCUCGAUCAAUGGUUGAAAAACUUGAUAAACAUCAAACAAGAAUAUUGGUUUAUAGAGGAUUAUUUUCAUAUGAAGUUUUGUUACAUUCACUCUCGAAAACAUGGUCAAAACAUUAUGGUAUUAGAUCAACAGCAUCAUCAUCAUUCAAACGGGACUCUACAUUAUUGGCAGUCCCAUUCAGAGCCAAAGAUACACCCUCUGAGAGAGCUGAAUAUGGUCAUCCAGACUUUGCAAUUAUACUCACCUUUCUCUCAUAUUACAAUCAAGGUUUAUCGUUUAAUCAAUUCAGUAAAGCACUGGAUUGUUUAAAAUCAAGUCAUAAAAACGAAGCACCAGAUAUCUACAGAUCAUGGACAGACUAUGACCCAACAAUCGAAGAAAAAUAUAGAGAUUUCAAAUGUGUUGUCAAAUCUGAUAAUCAAUUGAUCAAACAUCUCCAUUCACUAUUCAAAUUCAAUUGUAGAGUCAUCAAUUUCUGGUUGAAUGAAUUGGUAUUCCCAUAUGAAGCCAAACAGUAUCCAUCCAAAUUAUUUGCCAACCCAUGGGAUUUGGUUUAUCCAAAAUCAAACUCCAAGAAUCAUAUUUCAUGUGGAUUCAGUGGAACCAAUGAUACGAAAUCUCUUUACCCUCGUACCAUUGAACAAAAGGAUUUGGUUGAGCUCGAAUAUACCAAUGUUCAAGUAUUGAAUUAUAUUCUUGAUCAAGAUGACCAUUGCAACAAGGUUCAUAUUCUUGUUGAUGAUAAGAAAAUACUUCAAGAGAUUGUUAAACUAAAUAUAAACAAUCAAAAUGGACACUAUUUCAACAUUUUAAUUGAUUCAGGAGCACUGAUGAUUGGUAAAUCAAAUGAAGAUGUUGCCAAGAAAUGGUUGAAAAAGGAAUCAUCAGCAAGAAUAGAUGGUGCUCUCUUUUUUGAAAAUGAUAAACUGACAACCAUCGAUCGAGAAGGAAAGAAGUUUAUAUUCAGUCAAUCACCACUCUCUGACAGAUUGGAUAGAGUUUUAGUCUAUUUGGAUGAUUAUCAUACUCGUGGUGUUGAUAUCAACCUUCCUGUCAAUAGCAAUGGCAUGUUAACAGUUGGAAACAAGAUAACAAAAGAAAAACUACUUCAAGCAUGUAUGAGAAUGAGAAAGUUGGGACAAGGUCAAACUAUUUCAAUUCUCAUUUCAAAGAAUCUUGGAAUUGAAUUAGGAAAUGGAAAAGGUGGAUCACUUUACAAAUCACCAGAGAUUCACGACAUUUUGAAAUGGACUAUUCAAAAUACAAUUGAAUCGAUCACAAACUCUUUUGUUCAAUGGACAUUCCAAGGAAUGAUGAAUGCAAGAAGUAAAUCUGCUAUUUCACUUUUGGCUCUGGAUAAUAUCGAAAACAAAGAAUCUAUAUUCUCAAGAUUGGUAUCAUUUCCAGAAACCCUCUCUCUUUACGAUAUGUAUUCUUCAUUUUAUCAACAAGAAAAGGGUAACGCUGUUGUUUCCUCUUUGCAAAGUAAUUUGGAAAAAGCAUUUAAACAAGAUGUUGCAGAUUCUAAAGUUUACAAAGCUCUUGGUCCAACUCAUUCAUCACUUGUAAAAGAAAUACGUCGAUAUGCUGAAGACAAGAUAGAAGAUCAAAUGAUAUUUUCAAACAUGGUCGAUGAAGAACAAGAGCGAGAAUUUGAAAUAGAAGUUGAAAGUGAAAUUGAAAGACAAUUACCACCAAAAGUUGAACCAUUUAUAGAAGAUUUCAAAGGUUACAAAUGGAGUGAUUUAUUGGAAGGUAAAAAAUCACCUCUUGAUUUUCCUUUAAAAUUCCUACCAAUCAAAGAUAUAUUCAAGAAUACAUUGGUUGGGGAACGUAUGGAAUCUCAAAAUGAUUGUUUUUCUCCAUCCAUAUUGGCAACCCAAAACUUUAUCAAUACUAUUAUUGAUGAUGAAAAAACGAAAAUUGGCAACAACGAUUAUUUUGUCAAACAAAUCAAUUAUAUUUUGGUGUUUUGGAAUGGCAGUGAUAGUAGUAGGAGUACACCAAACAUGGUAUUAGUAUCAAUGAAAGAAGCAAACCAUUUACUCAAAAAGCUAAAAGGAUUGAUUGAUAAAGAUAAGGAAGUUGUUGUAUCAAUCCAUCAAACCAUUCAGAAAGAAAGGGAAAAACAGACAGAAUACUUUACCAAACUAUCUACUCGAUUACCCAACAAUGCCAAUCUACAAUCAAUCGAUCCAUUAUUAAAUCAACUCAAUGUAUUGAAUGGAUCAAAAUACUUUGAUAAUCUACCAGAGAUUUAUCAAUUCCUUGGGAUCUUUAGAUGUGAUUCAAAAACAAUCAUGUCACAACUCAUCAACAAAGGAAUCAUCGAUCAAUUUGGUUUUGUGUAUGAACAUGUCAACCAAAAUGAUAUCAACCAACUCACAGUGGAUAAAGAUCUAUCAAAUCAACUAUUAUCAAUCAUCAAAACUAGAAGAUUUACAAAAUGUCCCAUUGAUCUACUUGAAAAGAAUUUGGUUCUCCAAAGAAUUUACUAUGUUGGAUUUAGUCAUAUUGAAAAAAUUAUAAAUAAUAAAUAA